AAAUGCAACGUAAUUUGGCGACGGUGAAGCGUCGCUUUUUCUCUCUCUCUCUCUCCUUCCUGGAGUGUCGUGUCUUGCAAACGGACUGAAUUAGCUCGGGUUGCUGUGAGUAAUCUGACGCAGAGAGUAACGGGGAAGCCAGGCCGGUUGAACAUCGCCGGCGUUCUUUGAGGAGCUUGGCGACAGCCUGCAACACAGCAAAUCCGCAAUGAGUACCUCUGCCUUUCCUGCUCCUGGUCAGGAAUUCCAAAGAGCUGGGUAAAAGAUGGACCGAGGGCAGUCAAGAGACAGGGACACCAGGAUGUCAGACCCCAGCCUCGAGAUGUUGCCCAGUACUGAUGGCGAACAGCAGAGUCUCUCAGGACUGACCUGCAGAUGAACAACGAGUUUCAAGCUUUUAAAUAACAGAGACAGAGAGAAAAUAAAUAACCACACCAGAACUGCGGAUGCUGGAAACCUGAAACAUUACAGAAAGCACAGGAGAGGCGCUGAAGAAAUUCAGCAGAGUCUGUGUGGAGAUAGACCGUUCUCUUCGGGUGACUGCAGAGAAAGGGAACAACAUAGAUUGAUCGGUGCAAACUUGUGAUUCUCCACCCUUUUCCUCUCUCCUAAACAAUCUACUCUCAACCCACAAUCCAACCACCACCAUCCAGGCUGUGCCAUGUGAAAAAAAAAGCCAGAGAGAGAGAGAGAGAUCGAUCACUGGACAAGGUUUUGCUCCUGGUGUUAGUGUGAAGAUGGUGGAUCCUGUUCCCCUGUGUCAGCCAGUUCCACGCAGGGUCUACCAGGGAAGCGGCCAGGAGCAUGGGUGGCGAGGGCCGCCUCUUGCCAGCUCUCUGAAUAAUGUCAACCAGAGAGAUCUCUCCCAGGCACAACAGUGACAAGGCAGCAGCGCAGACCCCAGCCAAGGAGCUGAUCCGGAACCGCAUGAAAAUGGUCAUCGACCAGCUCGAAGUUAUUCUGCAGGAGCUCAAAGAAGUGGCGAAGGAGCUGAAGGAGGUAGUGAAACAGAUCGACAAGUUGACAUCUGAUUUUGAUUUUGAGAUGGAGCCAGAUGACUGGACAAUUGCCACAAUGAGUAGCACCUCCAGCAGUGACACAGCUAGAAACCACGACAGAUGUGGGCCUUUUUCUGAUUACGGGCAGCUCGGGUUCCUGACUCCUGACAUCCUGUCGGAUAGCUGGGAGUUCUGCUCCUUCUUGGAGUUUCCAGGAGAGUCGAGUAAGGUCGAGGCAGGCGGCGACGACAAGGAGCUCCCACACACCCCGUCUGAGGUGGACUACAGGAUGAUGAACGGAGGAUUGAUCCCCAAUGGGCCUGAGGGAUGUGUCCCUGACACAUCCAGCGAGGACACCAUUAGCAGUGCCCCUAGUCACAAAGCCCUCCUGAGGACCUCUGGCACCAGGGAGCGGGUGCGAUUCAGCGAUAAAGUUCUGUACCACGCGUUGUGCUGCGAUGACGACGAGAACGAGGAGCCCGAGGAGGAGGCAACAGCAAUCUCUGCAGCGAGUCCUGGUGCAGGCCCCAGUGAGAUCCGCGAGGGGGAGGGCAGUGCGGCACCCAAAGCAUUGUCCUCGCCAUCCGCUUCCAAACCCCAUCACCACGGCCCGCCGUCCACAGUGCCAGCCAAAGGAAACCCUUCCUCCAGGAAAGUAACCAUGAGGAAUAACAGCACACAAACCGUGUCCCACAAAAGCACUCAGACGCUCCUGUCCUAUGGGUCCUCUAAGACACAACAGAACUCAAAGAAAGAGGGGCCAAAGUAGCCAUCGAUUCCUCUGUCCCAUCUCCCCCACCUCACCCAACCCUAGAUGGGAUACUGCUUGACUACCUAUUGGCAUCAUGAGACUCAGGGAUUUUCAAUAGAAUAUAUUAAGAAAAAAAAUUGUUUUACAGAAAAGGUAGAUUCCAAAAUUUUGCACCCAUUGACUAAUUGCAUAAAAAUGCACUUUAAGAAUCUACUUUUUUUUAGCUUUAUUUUACCUGGUACCUUCAAGAUUGUAGGAGGCUUUUAUUUUUGUCUUAACUCGCAGUAUUUAAUCUUGCCUGAGUACUGUGCCUGUAAAUAGAGCGUGCUUCCAAACGAGCCUUUCUGUCUUUGUGCUCUGCUUUCUUGGCAAUGUCCUACAGUUAAUAAUGGUUUUCACUCCAUUCUAUAUUAAUUUCUAAAGCAAUUAAAUCUGUCCCAAUUUAAUUGGUUCGUUCUUUAUUUUCUAAAAAAAAAGGAGUUCCAGCUGCUGAUACCUGGUUGCCAUCCUUGCAGGUGUUUUUGCUGAACCACUAUCCCAUUUCAGAUGAUCCAACAUCCACAUAAAGUGACACUAGAUGGAACCACAAUGAAUGGGGGAAAUAUAAUCCUAUGUGCUAUUCCUUAAGCCAAUUCCAUCAGUUGAAUGAACUGAAAAAUCUGAAUUUUAUGAUUUUAUUUUUUUUAAAAAUGCAUAAAAUGCUUCCAUAAUAUUCAGCAGGAGAUUUAACCCAUCGAAUGCUAUCAAAGUCUAGUUUGGAGAUUGCCUGAAUGGGUACAGUCUGUAAUGUUACCAUUUUAGAUAUCAGACAAAGGACAGAGCAGUGGUUUAAAUCAAGACAGAGCAUUUUGUUCCGACAAGAUCUUUCUUUGAAAGACACUGUGAAGCAGUCUGCUUGGAAAAAAAAGUUUACACGUUUGAUUUGUAAGUCAUAUGUAUGCUUUGUUUGAUGCAGAACAUUGACUCAUUUGAUGCAAUAAAUUAGUGUCUACUU